AUGAAUCAAGAAGCAUUACAAAAAGUCCUUUUGGAGAUGGACAAUCAAUUGAAUAAAUCAAGAGCUGAAUUAAAUAUGGUAAAUUUACAAAUAGAUAAAGUAAAUACAAAUUUAAAAAUUAUAGAAUCUACAAAAUCAAGAUUAUCAACAUUAUGUGAACCAAAAGAAAGAGUAUGGCAAGGUAUAGGUAAAGCAUUUUUUGAAAAUGAUGUAAAUUCAUAUUUAUCAGAUUUAAAUGACGAUGAAAAAGAAUAUAAAGAUACAAAGAAAAAUCUAACUAUAAAACAAGAUUAUUUAAAAACAACACUUGAUAAAACUAUAGAUUCAAUGACAAAUAUAGUUGGUAAAAAGAAUUAA